UCACUGUCUUAAGCAAAACAAACAGCAGCACUGCAGUCUAAAGUAAUUUUAAAAAAUUGUUACAAAUAUUGGCUUUAAAAUGGACCCAAAGGAUGUAUGCGUGGAAAUAGAAAAUGAUGAAUUUUACAGCAAGUUUCUUGUGGAUUCUGUUAAGCCGAUAAUCGGGGAAAAUAUAUCUGUCAGCGAUCAAGUUAGCAAACUAGCUUUAGGCAUCGAAAAACUUACGAAAAGCUUGGAAAAACAAGUACUGGAUAAACACAACGAUCUCUUGACCCAAGCUAGCCACAUUUCAGAUUUAGAAGCUAUGCUAGAAUCUGUUAGAAGUCAAGUACAAAAUUUGUUACGAGGUGCCGAAAAACUAAAAGAUCGUGUUCAUGGGCCUUACGCCGCGCUUGAAAAGCAAACAAUGAUGCUGGAGAGAGUGCAAAUUGUGUGUAACUUGCUUCGCCAUGCAUCAAAAAUAUUAAUAUUAUGGAAUAAAUUGUCUUCUGUUAAAGAUAACCCACCUAAAGAGGCUAUUAUAUUGUUUGAGUUAAAUGAGUUGAUUAGUGACUACAAUUUUGAAGGUAUCACUUUGUUAGAUGAAGUAUUAAAACAAGUUGAUCAUAGGAAGAGAGAUUUACUAAACAAUGCUACAGAAUUACUGCAAUCAAGCUUGUUAAGUGGAGACAAAGCAAAACUCCUUCAAUGUUUCAAGGUGUUCCACAAUCUGCAGUGUACCGAGGAACAGAUAAAAAAAACUGUUGAUAGUAUGCUCAGUGACUUGAAAAAGGAGAUCAGUACAGCUCUUAAUGUACAAAUGGUUUCUAUUGAAGUAAAAAAGUCAAGUUCUGGGCGUAUAGCCCCCGGCAAAGCCAAUAUAAUGAAUGCACAUGACUUCAAAAUAAAACUAUGGGAUAACAUAGAUAAACAGUUUCAAAUUGCCAUUUACAAUAGCUGCACCAAAGUCAUAAUGCUACAGAAUGUUGUGAAUGAGCUUCAUGCAAUCGGAAACUUCCGGAACAUAUUGAAAAACUUCUGGAAAGAACUGUCUACAAUAUUCAGCACCGAGCUGGAGAAAAGCCCAUCUAAUGUCAACCAAUCUGUGGAAAUUGACUUUCCUAAACUCUUAAAGUGUUUCAAUGAUUUAAUUGUUCGCCUAAAAUGCAAAGACUUAGAAAUGAAUCGUGCUAGCCUAAGCAGGUGGGAGAAUGCUUUCCUAUCCAAAUCAUUAGGCAAAUUACUAGAUCCAGCAAGAACUAUGUGGCAUUUAAACCAAGUACCCACCAUGGACCAGAUUGACAAUGCUAUAAGGGUUAUAGCGGAGGCUCUGAGUGUAUCACUAGGUGACAAACAGCUGAGUAUCAGCUUAGCUACUAGUGUCGCUAAGAGCAUCAAGCAGAUGAACAUGGAAGCUGAGCAGAGAAUGUCUAUGGAUAGUGAUGUUGCACAGAUUAUAGAACCACCGACAAGCUCACAGCAGAAGAAUGCAGAUCUCUGCAACUCCUUGUAUUACUUCUCUUCACAAAUUAAACGAGUCCUUGUUAACAUGAACUCCAUGCUUCCACAGGAGAGUAUACAAAUAGUCCAAAAUAGUCUUAAAGAUAUAUCGAGCAGCCCAAUACUUCAGUUAUUUGCUGAAUCUAUUAAAAACUCGCUAUUUAUAAUAUUAAUGACUAUGCAUGAUGAGCCAGAUUUAACUAGAGCUGAUGAUCCAAAUAAAAAAUCGUUAUCCUGUUCACCAUACAUGAAGGAACUACAGCAAUUUGUGUCUCGAUGUAGAGACAUCUAUCUGUCAAUGUUUCAAGAGAAGUCAGCUCUUAAUGAAUGCUGUAUCAACAUAUCGAAGGCAUGCGUUGAACGAUUCAUACAACAUGUUUGUAAUACGAGACCGUUGACGAAAUUCGGUCGAGUAAAACUACAAAUUGACUGCAAACAAUUAGAGACUGCACUGUCUCCGUUAGUGAAUGAUAUAACAGAGCUGGGUGAUCAUUAUAGACAACUGAAAGCGUUGCAAUUUCUUUUAGAGAAGUCACCCCAAGAGAUCGCUAAAAGUCAGUGCGAAGGUGCUUUAUUACCUUAUUCUAUUGUAAUGAUGUUUCUAUUUUCUUUUGCGGGACCACAACUGCUUGCUCCACAUACUUGUGCGGGUUGGAACAUUCAGAAGUUAAUGCAGUGGCUCGACUCUCAUAGGAAUGAAAGGGACAGGCUGGAAUUUGUGGCCGGUGCACUGCAGAGAUACCAGAACCAUGUCAGACAAAAUCAAAUAGCAACAUAUGAUGAAGUAUACCCAGUGCUGUUACAACUUUUAGAAGAUGGUAGGAAUAAUUUCAAAGUGUAA